AUGGGGGCGAUCCUUGCGGCUCCAGCCUGUGCUAGUUCGGUACGUUUGUUAUUUCUUUUUUAUUCUUGAUUUUAGAUGGCCUGUUGUUUUGGAAGCGCGGCUUGCCAACUGUGCUGUGCGUUUUGUCCAACAUCCAAAAACUCGACAAUGACCAGGAUCUCAUAUGCUUUCAUGUUGUUGUUGGGCACGGUGGUCGCCUGUUUGAUGCUGUCUCCUUGGAUUCAAGAGAAGAUAGCAAAUGCGGAUUGGUUUUGUGAAAAGUUCGAUAUAAAGUGUCAACAAGCGACAGGUUUUCAGGCGGUUUAUCGGUAGGUGCUUUUCGGCGUAAUUCUUUCUACGUUUUUAGGUAUGUAUUUAAUAUAAUUUUUGUAGAUUAUGCGGUGGAAUGGCAUCCUUCUUCUUUAUCUUCAUGUUAAUGAUGUUGGGAGUCAAUUCGAGCAAAGACGCCCGAUCCCAUAUUCAGAACGGAUUCUGGUUCUUCAAAUAUCUUCUACUUGUUGGUCUCGUCGUCGGAUUCUUCUUCAUCCGAAAUGAACAUUUAGCUGGACGUAUGUUAUAAUCUGUUAUAAUUAUUCUUGUUUAGCGAUGAUGUGGUUUGGAAUGGUUGGAGGGUUCCUGUUCAUCUUAAUUCAGUUGAUUUUAAUCGUUGAUUGGGCGCAUGGGCUGGCCGAAGGAUGGAUGGCCGCAUAUGAGGAGAAUGAUAGCCGGGCUUGCUUUGCUGGGCUGAUUGGAUUUGUCUUUGGAUGUUACGGCCUAGCACUGGUCGGAAUUGUCUUCAUGUUCAUCUGGUAUACAACCGUAAGCGGCACUUUUUCGGCAUUUCUAACUUGUCCGAUCAAUUUUAAUGUCAUAUUUUCAGGGCGGAGGAUGCGGACUCCCGAUUUUCAUUAUUACUUUCAACAUUAUCCUUUGUUUGCUUGUGUCCGUUAUCUCUAUCCUCCCCAAAGUCCAGGAAAGAAUGCCCAAUUCCGGUCUUCUCCAGUCCUCUUUCUUGACGAUGUACACCAUGUACUUGACUUGGUCUGCUUUGAUUAACAACCCAGAUCAUACUUGUAACCCAUCCUUAGUUAAUAUUAUUCGAAAUGGAACUUCUCCCGAUCAGGAUCCUCAUGUAAGUAUUUAUGAUUUUUUUAGGUAUAUGUGCCAUGGAUACUAUCGAAUUUCACUUUCAGGCUUUUGCUACGCCACUCCCCGCUAACUCAAUUAUAUCCCUCUUGAUUUUCUUUGCUUGUCUUCUCUAUGUGACCAUCAGGACGAGCUCAAACACUGCACUCGGAAAGAUUACAGGUGAUUCAGGUAGAUCAAAUGAUAUUCCGUUGAGUGAGUCGCGCGAUCCUAUCAUCGGAGGUAUUUUGAACAACAACUAACGUAAAUUUAGCGAUUUCAGAUGUUGAUGAGGAAGCUGGUCGUGUGUAUGACAAUGAGCAGGAGGAAGUUGCUUAUUCUUACAGUUUCUUCCACUUUAUCUUUGGCCUGGCCUCACUUUAUGUGAUGAUGACUUUGACUUCGUGGUAUAAGUAAGUUUCUUUUUAAUAAAUAAGUUUAGAAAAGGAUAUGUAUGCUUAUUGAUUUUUUGCAGGCCUGACAACGAUCUUUCCCACUUGAACAGCAAUAUGGCGUCUCUUUGGGUGAAGGUAGUCUCCAGCUGGUUGUGUGUGAUCAUAUACGCAUGGACUCUUCUGGCUCCAGCCUUCUUCCCGGACAGAGAUUUCAGUUAA